CUUCAACUACGAAAAAAUAUCUUUUUUAUGAAUUUUUGCAUUCAACUAAGACAUCUAACUUAAUCUUUAUCAAUAGAUUGCACAUUGUACAACACAUGUCAGUAUUGUCAACGAACUGAAACGUAAACAUACGGAUUAACCGUUGCCAACAGGCAUUAUUAUGGCAACAGGGUAUACAUAUCGAUCGACGCAUAUCAUCUGUACAUCAUAUGUAUACCAUUCAGUCGUUUCUGCAACUUCAUUGAGGAAAGACGAUGGCGGAUGACAUUACCGCAAUUCAGAAAAAGUUUGGCAGUCUGAACGAAUACAACAUACAACUGAACAGAUGGCUUUCGAAAACGAUAGGCGUAUGGCCACUUCCAUCGUCCACUUCGAAAUUCGAAAAGAUAAUGACCAAGAUUUUAAUUCUUCUCUGUUGGAUCAUCGCGCUAUUCAUCAUAACAUCAAGCGUGUUACAUUUUAUUUUUGUUAAAGAGGAUAUUAUUACAAAAUUGAAAAUGAUUGGUCCUAUAAGUUAUUGUAUUGGCGGAGGGCUUAAUUACGCAAUAUUAUUGUUUCUUAAAGAUGAUAUACGUUAUUGUAUUGAGCAUAUAGAAGCCGAUUGGGAAACUAUCACAAGGACAAAUGAUCGGCAAGUAAUGUUUAAAAACGCAAAAAUUGGUCGCAUCAUUUCCGGUUGCAUCGCGAGCUUCAUGCAAGUUAGUACACUUUGUUUCGGCAUCGUAUUUGGAGUUCUCAAACAGAAAAUCAAAAUCGGCAACGAAAGUAUGGAAAUACACGUCUUACCUUUUCCAACCUACAAAAUUCCAGUUGAUACUAAUCUAGAGCACAGUAUCGUUCUUGGUUUUCAAUUUCUGACAGGAUGCAUUAUGACUGCUACCGUUAUUAUCGCUUUCAGCCUUGCUACUGUAUUUGCAUGCCACGCUGCUGGUCAGUUAACUAUAAUGGUUACAUGGGUUAAAGAAUUUGUAAAUCGGCCACAAGAAGAAAAUAAAAAUAUGCGAGUUAAUGAAAUAAGCGUGAUCAUCGAACAUCAUUUAAGAAUUCUAAGUUUCUUAGGACGUACUGAACAUCUAUUGAGUCCAAUAUGCUUCAUGGAAAUGUUCAAGAAUAUAUUAAGUAUAUGCAUGCUUAGCUAUUGCAUUCUCGUGGAAUGGUCUGGACGUGAUAUUAAAGCUCUCAGUGCAUACACUUUUUCAGUAAUGAAUAUAACUUUAAGCACAUUUUUAAUAUGUUAUAUCGGUGAAGUAUUAACUGAAAAAUGUAAGGAAAUUGGUAACAUGGUCUACAUGACAAAUUGGUAUCGAUUAUCUGAUAAAGAUAUUCUUAAUCUGAUUAUGAUUAUUACACGAUCUAGUGUAGAAUACAAAAUGACUGCCGGAAAAAUAAUUGAUAUGUCGGUGAUCACAUUUGGUAAUCUAGUAAAAACUAUUUUUGCAUAUUUAAAUAUAUUACGCCAAAUGACAAUAUUGUAAAGUGCACAUGUAUUAAGCAUAUAAAAAAAAUAUAUUGAAUAUAUAUUUCAAAACAAAUAUUGCACAUUAAUAAUAAUAUUCAAUUAAAAUUGAAAGUAUAAAAACUAUUUUUUAUAUCUAUAAUGAUUGAAUGUAUGUCACAUCUUUUAAAAAAUCAUGAAUUAUAAUUUUAUAAUAGAGUUACAUGUACAGCAUAUAUUUGAAUGCAAAAAAAUUUCAAAAUAAUUGCUUCAUUGAAAUAAAUGCUUAAAAUCAUAAUAGUGACAAUCGUAUUAUAUUACAAAUCAAUUAUCUUUCUUUCUUAAGAUGUGUUUUAAAAUAUAUUGCAUUAUAAUUCUCCAAAAAAAUAAGCUUAGAAAAAAUAAUAAAAUAAAAUAUUAAUAAUUUUAAUUUAACAUUAGCACAUUUCGAAAUCAUUUGCCGAUAUCAUAUUCGAAAACGUACAGUUUAUUUUCUUUUGAACACACAUUGUCCAAUUCAUAUUAUUAAUUAUAAAAAAUUUGAAAUACUUACAUAAAUUUAAAGUUAUAUCAGCUGUGCUGCUUUUACGUAAUAUCCCGCAAGAUUCAUUUAUAUUAUGCAUCUUUGCACAAAACAAUGAAAUCGAUAACAAAAUCCUAAGUCUUUUAUCUACCGUGGAUUUCUCGAUCUAGUCCCUUCUUCAAAAUUUUGCAAUUGAUGCAAUGCUUGGUUCAAUGAUGAUCUGUCAUCAUUGAAUACUUGCAAUUUGAUGAAAAAUUUUUUGCGCAAAGAUAUAGACAAUUUUGAAUUCUUAUGAAGUUGUAAAAAAUUGUUGAUGAACUGAAAAGAGACAAAAAUAAUG